AUGAAUACAGAAAAUAUGUAUGAGGAACUAUUGGAACAUAUACAAGAAGAAGAACUUGAAGAAGAGGAACUUUCAAGAAUUUUAACAUUACUAAUUAGAUUACUAGAACUUCUACAGCUUGGAAAAAAAAUGGCAGAAGAAACAUUAUGCACUUUGGA